ACACUCUUCCACAACAGAUCUCUCCCACUUGAAGAAGAGAUCUACAAAGCUCAUUUCCUCUUCCUUUUCUCUGUGCUCGAACUCUUCGAUCUCGAUGCAUUUGUUUCCCUUGUCCAAUCCAAUUUCAAAGUUCAGUAGUUAACAAUUCAUUCAAAUUCACAAAUCAUUGAAAGAGAGGGAGGAAGACAGGGAGAGUUGUGAGGAGAUGGCUUUCAUGGCUGUUCUUGAAUCCGAUCUCCGCGCUCUCUCCGCCGAAGCACGCCGCCGCUACCCCUCCGUCAAGGAUGCAGCAGAACACGCCAUCUUAAAGCUUCGUACAUUGUCAAGUCCCAGUGAAAUUUCGCAUAAUGAAGACAUAGUACGGAUUUUUUUAAUGGCAUGUGAGGUUAAAACUGUCAAACUUAGUGUUAUUGGACUUUCCUGUCUACAAAAGCUCAUAUCUCAUGAUGCAGUUGCCCCAUCAGUUCUCAAUGAGAUACUUCCUACAUUGAAAGAUCAUGCUGAAAUGCCAGAUGAGAGUGUUCAAUUAAAGACUUUGCAGACUAUAUUUAUAAUAUUUCAGUCACGGUUGCAUCCUGAAAGUGAGGAGAAUAUGGCUCAAGCUCUUGGAAUCUGUCUUCGACUUCUUGAAAACAAUCGAUCUUCUGACAGUGUUCGGAACACUGCUGCUGCUACCUUCAGGCAGGCGGUAGCUUUGGUUUUUGACCAUGUUGUCCAUACUGAGACUCUUCCAACAGAAAAGUUUGGUUCUGGAAAUUAUAUAUUUCGUGCAAGCUCAGUUACUGGUGAUGUUAGUCGCAGCAUGAAUAAUUCAGAGUCAUUGGAACACAACUUUGCUUCUGGAAAGCCACUGUUGAUGAGGGAGACCACAACUAGUGCUGGGAAGCUAGGGCUUCGUUUGCUUGAAGACCUGACAGCUCUUGCUGCAGGUGGAUCUGCAUGUUGGUUACGUGUUAGCUCUCUUCAACGGACAUUUGUACUUGAUAUACUCGAGUUCAUUCUAUCCAAUUAUGUGGCUAUGUUCAAGAUUUUGGUUUCGUAUGAACAGGUGUUGCGGCACCAAAUAUGUUCACUUUUAAUGACUUCACUGCGUACCAACUCUGAGCUUGAAGGAGAAGUAGGAGAGCCGUAUUUUCGUCGCUUGGUCUUGCGAUCGGUUGCCCACAUUAUCAGGCUUUAUAGUUCAUCCCUUAUUACUGAAUGUGAGGUGUUCCUUAGCAUGCUAAUCAAAUUAACUUUUCUUGAUCUGCCAUUAUGGCAUCGUAUUCUUGUUCUUGAGAUCUUAAGGGGAUUUUGUGUAGAAGCACGGACACUGCGAAUCCUUUUCCAAAACUUUGAUAUGCAUCCGAAGAACACAAAUGUUGUGGAGGGUAUGAUUAAAGCUCUUGCUCGAGUUGUUUCAAGUGUGCAGUUUCUAGAGACAAGUGAAGAGAGCCUGGCAGCAGUUGCAGGGAUGUUCAGCAGCAAAGCUAAAGGAAUUGAAUGGAGUCUUGACAAUGAUGCAUCAAAUGCAGCAGUCCUGGUUGCUAGUGAGGCACAUGCUAUUUCUUUGGCAAUUGAAGGUUUGUUGGGUGUUGUCUUUACUGUAGCUUCGCUGACUGAUGAAGCAGUAGAUGCUGGGGAGCUUGAAUCCCCUAGAUGUGAUUAUGUCCCUUCAGCAAAGUGUGGUGGAAAAACUGCAGUUCUCUGCAUUUCGAUGGUUGAUUCAUUGUGGUUGACCAUUCUUGAUGCUCUGUCCCUUAUUUUAGCAAGGUCUCAAGGAGAGGCUAUUGUGUUGGAAAUUUUAAAGGGGUAUCAGGCAUUUACUCAGGCAUGUGGAGUUCUUCAUGCUGUAGAGCCUUUAAAUUCUUUCCUAGCAUCCCUUUGCAAAUUCACUAUCAAUUUUCCAAAUGAAGUGGAAAGAAGAAGCACUGCAUUACAGUCUCCUGGAUCAAAACGUACCGACUUAAUUGCUGAUCAGAGAGAUAGCAUUAUCCUUACACCAAAGAAUGUGCAGGCUUUAAGGACUCUCUUCAAUAUUGCUCAUCGACUACAUAAUGUGUUGGGCCCAUCUUGGGUUUUGGUAUUGGAAACUUUGUCUGCUCUGGACAGAGCAAUCCAUUCUCCACAUGCCACCACACAGGAAGUCUCCACAUCAGUGCCAAGACUUGCAAGAGAAUCUUCUGGUCAAUACAGUGAUUUCAGUAUUCUCUCCUCUUUAAAUUCUCAGCUGUUUGAGAGCUCGGCCCUUAUGCACAUAUCUGCUGUUAAGUCGCUUCUUUCUGCACUGUGUCAAUUGUCACAUCAAUGUAUGGUUGAGACUUCAAGUGGUUUUGGACCAGCAACAAGUCAGAAAAUUGGAAGUAUCAGUUUUUCUGUUGAAAGAAUGAUAUCCAUCCUUGUCAACAAUCUUCACCGAGUGGAACCAUUGUGGGAUCAAGUUGUUGGCCACUUUCUUGAGCUUGCUGACAAUUCUAAUCAGCAUUUGAGAAACAUGGCACUCGAUGCUUUGGAUAAAUCAAUAUGUGCUGUUUUAGGUUCUGAACAGUUUGAAGAUCAUGCAUUGUCCAGAUCCAAUGAAAAUUCUAAGGAUGUAGGAUGUAAGGAAACAGAAUUAAGAUCGCUUGAGUCUGCUGUCAUAUCUCCUCUGAGGGUCCUAUAUUCUUCUUCUCAAAGCAUUGAUGUUCGUGCUGGAUCUUUGAAAAUUCUUCUGCAUGUCUUGGAGAGGUGUGGAGAAAAAUUGCUAUACACUUGGCCUAAUAUACUUGAAUUAUUGAGGUCUGUUGCAGAUGCAUCUGAAAAGGAUCUUGUCACUCUGGGUUUCCAGAGCCUGCGUGUGAUCAUGAAUGAUGGACUUGCAACCAUACCUCCAGACUGCCUCAAUGUAUGUAUUGAUGUUACUGGAGCAUAUGGUGCUCAAAAGACUGAGUUAAAUAUAAGCUUGACUGCAAUAGGGCUUUUAUGGACUACAACAGACUUUAUUGUGAAGGGAUUGUUACAUGGGUCAUCAGAAGAGAAGGAAAAAGGUAUUGUGAAGGUUAAUUCUGUUUCAAAUAAAGUGGAUGGUCAAAAGAAGGAAGAGCAGGCAGAAAAUAUAUCUAGUGAUAUAAACGGCCAGUCUCCCUCAAUCAAUAUAGCAGACCGGGAUAAAUUGAUAAUCUCUGUUUUCUCAUUGCUUCAAAAACUUGGAGAUGAUGAAAGGCCAGAGGUCAGGAAUUCUGCUAUCAGGACACUCUUUCAAAUUCUUGGAGGUCAUGGGCAAAAACUUUCAAAAAGCAUGUGGGAAGACUGUCUCUGGAAUUAUGUUUUCCCAACUCUAGAUAGUGCUUCCCAUAUGGCAGCAACUUCAUCAAAGGAUGAAUGGCAAGGGAAAGAACUUGGAAUUCGAGCAGGAAAAGCAGUUCACAUGCUUAUUCAUCAUAGUCGGAACACAGCUCAGAAACAAUGGGAUGAGACACUUGUACUAGUCCUUGGUGGAAUAGCUCGUUUGUUACGCUCUUUCUUUCCUUUCCUCAGUAGCUUAAACAAUUUCUGGUCAGGAUGGGAAUCUUUGCUUCUCUUUGUAAAAGAUAGCAUUUUCAAUGGUAGUAAAGAGGUUUCUCUUGCAGCAAUAAAUUGUUUACAGACAACUGUGCUUGGCCAUUGCAGCAAGGGUAACUUGCCAAUGCCUUACCUUGUUUCAGUAAUUGAUGUGUAUGAAGUUGUUCUUCAAAAAUCACCAAACUACAGCAGUGGUGCAACUAACAAGGUGAAGCAGGAGGUUUUGCACGGUCUUGGAGAACUGUAUGUGCAAGCACAAAGGAUGUUUGACGAUCACAUGUACACACGGUUGCUUGCAAUCAUUGGUUUGGAAAUCAAGCAGACUGUGACAACUAGUGAUAACUGUGAAGCUGAGUUUGGACAAGUUCCGCAUGUACUGCGCACAGUGCUGGAAGUCUUGCCAAUGCUAUGUCCAGCUGAGCACCUUUCUUCAAUGUGGCUCAUCCUUCUGCGAGAACUCUUACAAUAUCUUCCAGGCCCGGAUUCUCCUCCACAGAGUGAAGAAGAGGAGGCAGGACAAGCCAGCACUAGUGACCAUACUCCAGAUGUUCCUGUGAAAAUGAAGUAUGAGACACCCAAUGGUACUGCUUCUGCCUCCGUCCAAAAGGCUGAAGUUCUGUCUCCAACCUCCAGAUCUGCUGCUGGUGCAACAGUUAAUAUCCCCAGUUAUUUAUUUGCAGAAAAGCUUAUUCCUAUUGUGGUAGAUCUCAUGCUAAAAGCUCCAGCCGUCGGAAAGUAUAUAAUUUUUCCAGAAGUUCUCCAGAGCCUUGGGAGGUCAAUGACAACAAGAAGAGACAAUCCAGAUGGUUCACUUUGGAGGUUAGCUGUUGAAGGCUUCAAUCGCAUUCUUGUUGAUGAUGUCAGCAAAUUAGCUGUGGAGUGUGAUUCAAAAAUUAGUAAGCCUGCAAGAUUGCGUAUAUGGAAAGAAGUCGCAGAUAUCUACGAAAUAUUCCUUGUGGGUUAUUGUGGACGCGCUCUUCCUUCCAAUUCCCUCCCAGCUGUCACACUUAAGGAUGAUGAGUCCCUUGAGAUGACCAUACUAAACAUUCUGGGUGAGAAGAUUCUUAAGUCACCAAUUGAUGCCCCUAUCGAGAUUCUGCAACGACUCGUUUCCACCUUGGAUCGCUGUGCCUCACGCACAUGCUCUUUGCCUGUUGAGACUGUGGAACUUAUGCCUUUGCACUGUAGUAGAUUUUCCUUGACAUGCUUACAGACAUUAUUUUCCCUCAGCAGUUUUGAUGAAGAAGUGGGUAAUUGGAACGUGGCAAGAUCUGAGGUCAGCAAAAUUGCAAUCAUGGUACUCGUGACAAGAUGUAAAUACAUCUUGAAUAGAUUUUUAGUUGAUGAAAAGGAAAUAGGUGAUCGUCCUCUACCAACAGCAAGGCUUGAAGAAGUAAUAUUUGUCCUUCAGGAACUGGCUUGUCUGGUGAUUCACUUAGACACUGCAUCUGUUCUUCCUCUACAUCCACGUUUGAAAUAUGGCCUAGCAGAAGGGAAACUUGACAAGCGACCACAUCUGCUUGUUCUUUUUCCCUCCUUUUGUGAACUUAUUACAUCAAGGGAAGCCAGACUAAGAGAGCUGGUACAAGUUUUGCUCAAACUCAUUGCAAAGGAACUGACAUUAGAAAAGGUUAUCACAGGCUGUUGAUACACAUAAACAUCUGUUUUUUUUUUUAUAAAAUACAGUACCAAGUCGUACUCUUACGUCCUUGUUUAUUUGAGGUUCAAAUAGGUUCAUCUUGCCCUCUAUUUUUGUAGUAUUAUUAUCUUAUUAUAUUAGUUUGUGUACAUUAUAGGAAAAAGGCCAGUUUUGCUGUAUUCAAAGUAGUAACCUCAGGAUCAUUUUUGUGAAUAAUAUGAGUAAAAAGGCCAGGAUCAAUUGCAACAUUUUUGUUUCUUUGAUUUUGUACCAAAAGUGUAAAAUUCUAUUGAUUUGAGUGUAUAACAUCGCCCUUUUGGUGGGUUAUUUU